AUGGCGACCGCAGAGGCGCCGUCCAGACCUCAUGAUCGCCAUGGCCGUCGGCACCCGUUUGCAAACUGGAUGAAGCGGCUCGCGAAUCUCAAAAGCUCAUCAUCCUCUGGCCUUCAUUCGAAUUCGUCAAACCACAAACACCAGAGCAGUACUACAACGGCGAAGGGCAAGAAGAGUGCUCGAAAUAAUCCCUAUCCGCUGUCUGGAAAUGUCUAUUCACCAGGUGUAGAACGCACCAACGGGCAUCUUUCCUUCUCAGAACCAGCAAAUAGUUUACAUCGCAGUGACUUCUCGCAUUCGGAUUCUAAUAUUGGGGAGAAUGAGCAGAUAUCACCGAUGACCGGCCGAAAAUCCGCUGCGCCGACUCUGUCCACGAAUGGUGAUACUAUACUAUCAGACGCGGCUUAUUCAAAGGCGGGGACAUCGGCGACUGCUGGAGGGGGUAGAAGCUGUCGUGGGGGUGGAGAGGGCAGCACCUUUUCAUCCCCUGCUCCGUCUGUUCGGUCACUUACUACUACUCUCACCACUGUGCAAUCAGGCGCUCCGAAUCAUUACAUUACAGGCGGAGUACAUUCUACGACGCAGGGUGGGAGCCAGCAAACUGUUCAGUUCUCGCACCAGUUUCCAACCACCCCGGUUUCCGCUAUCCCGCCGCACAUCACCCAGCAACCGACUACGUAUGUAACGGCGACAGCAAAUAACCUUCUUACUGAUAAUGCAUCUGUACUUACACUCGCGUCUUCAUCGAAACGCCGCCGGCGGAACUCGCUAGACACGAAUGCGUCCAUUCGCGCCCUUGCGCCAUCGUCGAUUUUCAGCGGUAGUCGUGAAAGCCUACCUCUAAGUGUUUUAAGUGGAAAUAUGGGAAGUGUCAACACCGCUGCGGGAGGAGCAGAAUUCCCAAACACUGCUUCCAGCACAUUGACUCGAGGCGGGCUGGUGGGCGGCGAGCGUGCCAGCGUAUAUUCCGCUUCCGGCGCUGGGGUGGCGGAUCGGGGAAGUAUUCGCAGCGGACUACAGUCCCACCAUGUGCGGAAUGACAGUGCUACGGGAAGUAUUGGUGGCAUCACAGCGAAUUCUUAUCUUCCCAAUGCUCAGGGUAGGGUCAGCCGACGGGGCUCCGGAUGGGGCGAGAUACCCGACUCCGAACCUAACGAAGUCGACGAAGAUUCAACCACAACCGGAAACGGGGAGAUGGUCGAUUCUAAGGGACAAGAGAAGUCUAAUAAUUGA